CGAGGAAGCUGCUAGACGGAAAUGGCGGUGACGGCCAGGCGAGCAGCAUGAAGUGCUGAUGCAUUACACGGAUCAAAACUUUCGACCGCCAGGACACCGUUGGGCAAAUGACAAUGGCGUCGAAGUAGAACACCAUCCGUAGCUGUUAUUACAAACCCACGACACCUUCCCGGGAGACUUUUCAUCUUGUCAGCGGAGGAGAGAAAAUCUCACCGGGAGCAUGGCUUCUUACAGCAACCAGUACAUCUUCGGGGAAUUCAGCCCUGAUGAGAUCAAUCAGUUUUUUGUGACUCCACGAUGUUACGUCGAGCUUCCUCCGUUCAAUGACAAAGUCCCGUGCGUCAGUCAGUCUUCUGGAAGUUACUGCACUCCUGCUGUACCUUAUAUUAUGGAGUCUAUGGGACUGCAGGUUUGCGCAGAAGACUAUCAGCGCAUUGAGUUUGGUGUUGACGAGGUGAUGGAUUCCAAGCCGGUUGGGGUGAACGAUCCUUUGUACAAGGUGUCGAGCACCCUCAACCCGCAGGCUCCGGAGUUCAUCCUGGGCUGCCAGUCGGCCCAGAAGGCUCAGCAGACAGCUCCUCCGGCAGCCGACGUCCCAGACGGAGCGCACUUCAACUCGCUGGACGGACCCGACUCGGAGGCCUCAGCCCUGGACAAUCACCAGGCCUGCCAGGACAUGGACGGACUCCCUGGCAGCCUGGGACAGCGAGAGAGAAAGAAAAAGAAAAAACGACCGCCGGGGUACUACAGCUACCUGGACCCGUCGACUGGCAGCAACAGCGGCGCCAGUGCAGCAGAUGGAACGCCUGUGACAGCGCUGGUGAACGGACAUGCACUCGGUGGCCCACACCACAGUACUGAGGAUGUGGACAGUAAGGCAUUGUCAGGGGCUGAACUUUCCACCCCUGGACCUGUCACCAUGGCAACGUCAACAGCUGCUGUGGCAGCAGCCAAGUUUGCCCCCACAUCCACUGCCAAUCAGAGGACUUGUGAUAGCCCUGAUGACUCUUCUUUGGACUUAACAAGUGGAGCUGCCUCUUUAUCAGACGGCAACAAUGCAACUUCCUCCUCUUCAUCCUCCUCUCAAAGCAGAGGGAUGACGGAGGGGCCGAGGACUGCAGACCAGCAGCCAGAUCAUUUGGCUCCACAGAGCCCCGAACUUUCAGAUACUCCACACAGCCCCCCCUCUAAAUCACCUCUUCCUCCUUCAGCUGCUGUGGUCGCCCCCUCUGUCAUCGCUUCCAUUACGACUACUGAACUAGAGGGAAGGGAUGUAGCGGACGUCGGGGUGGCCAAUGGGCUAGCAGAGCCUAAUACUCCUGUCAGUGCAGAUGGACACAAAGACGACUGUGAGAGCGGGGAGCAGGCUGAGCAGGUCGCCCCAGACUCUGCUGCCCCGCCGGUAGUGACAGAGCAGGCACACUCGCCUGCGAUUCCAGCUGCACCUACUGCCAAUCUUCCCAAAUCCUGGGCUAGCCUCUUUCACAACUCCAAGCCUCUGCCCGGGGGCCCUCAGGCCUUUGUGGAGGUAAAGAAUGUUGUAGAAGUCGUGGCUCCCUCCCUCACUAUGCCAGAGCAGCCUGAGAAAGUUGGGGAGGUAAAAGAAGGCCCUGUCCAUGUAUCAGAGGAUCCUAUGGCCCCUAAACUUGCAGAACUUAUUGAGAAUGUGAAGUUGAUACAUAAACCAGUGUCUUUGCAGCCGAGAGGACUGAUCAACAAGGGAAACUGGUGCUAUAUCAACGCUACCCUACAGGCCCUGAUUGCAUGCCCUCCCAUGUAUCACCUGAUGAAGUCCAUUCCUCUGCAUAGCGAAACGCAGAGACCAUGUACCUCCACACCAAUGAUAGACAACUUCGUUCGCCUGGUGAAUGAGUUCAACAACAUGCCCGUGCCAUCUAAAACCAAACAGCAAGCUGUUGGUGAUAAGGUCGUAAAAGACAUUCGGCCCGGUGUGCCGUUUGAACCCACUUACAUUUACAGACUCCUCACUCUCAUCAAGUCAAGUCUUUCUGAGAAGGGUCGACAAGAGGAUGCGGAGGAGUAUCUCGGGUUCACUCUCAACGGAUUGCACGAGGAGAUGCUGGCGUUGAAAAAACUAAUUUCGCCUCAGGAAGAGAAAGCUCCAACACCCAACGGACCAGAGUCCCAGCCAGGUGCGGAGGAAGACGUUGCUGAUAAGGAGGAAGAAGGCAGCGAGGACGAGUGGGAGCAAGUGGGUCCCCGAAACAAGACUUCCAUCACUCGCCAAGCUGACUUUGUCCGCACACCCAUCACCGACAUCUUUGGUGGACACAUCAGAUCGGUGGUGUAUCAACAGAACUCUAAAGAGUCAGCCACUCUGCAGCCUUUCUUUACCCUGCAGCUGGACAUCCAGUCGGAGAAGAUUCGCACUGUCCAGGAGGCUCUAGAAACCCUGGUGGCCCGAGAGUCGGUCCAGGGCUACACUUCAAAAACUAAGCAAGAGAUCGAGAUCAGUCGGAGGGUAACUCUGGAGGAGCUGCCACCGGUGCUGGUGCUUCAUCUCAAGAGAUUUGUUUUUGAGAAGACUGGAGGCUGCCAGAAACUGACCAAGAACAUUGAUUAUCCCGUUGACCUGGAAAUCAGCAAAGAUCUCUUGUCCUCUGGAGUGCGAAGCAAAGUUGUGAAAGGCCAAAGAACUUACAGGCUCUUUGCAGUUGUCUAUCACCAUGGAAACAGCGCGACAGGCGGUCACUACACCACGGAUGUCUUCCACAUCGGUCUUAACGGCUGGCUGCGCAUCGACGACCAGGCGGUGAAGGUCAUCAACCAGUACCAGGUGGUGAAGCAGACUGCAGAGCGCACCGCCUACCUGCUGUACUACCGCCGCGUCGACCUGCUGUAGACACACACACACAUACACACCUACGCACACACAUCCCGACGUACAUGCAAGAAUAUCCGAAUAUACACACUCGCACACACACACACACACGAGACCGCCACAUGCUCCGAAUGCACUCGUUGACAGUACAGUACAUGUACACGCGACACGAACACACACCAAACUAAUGAACAGGAACACUGCCCAACUUGUUCUCUUGCAAGAUUUUCCUUCUUCUUCCCUCCUGUCCCCGCUUUCCUGAGAACCAGCUUUUCCGACACCUUUUUCCUCGUCUCCUGUUUUUUUUUUUUUUUUUUUUUCUUUGCGGAAGGAGAGAAGCAAGCUGCAUUCACAAAGAUUUCCCUGUGACUGCUCUCUCUUCUCUGUGCACCACUGCUGUGUAUUUUUUUAUUUUUUUUUCCUUUUUUGUUUUACUGUUAAAGCAGCAAAGAAGGACUGUUGAACAGACAGAGGUGGGCUCGGGGGUUACGGGCUAGGACCCGAGGCUCUCCUCUGGACUGAGCCCACAGCUCGGCUCAGAUAGCGAACAGUGGACUCGCUCACACAGGAAGAACUGUCGACCACGGGCUGCGAGUGGACUGCUGGGGUAAUUCUCUUGUUAAAAUUACCUUUUAUAAGGAAAUGACCUAGAAAAUAUCAGUGUUUGCCUUUCAGUAAAAGGAGAACUGUCGGCCUAAUGAAUUUGCAGCAGUUUAAAAAAGCCUAUUUUUUUGCUUUUGUGCAUUGAAAAGGCCCAGCACCAGCAUCGUCACGAGUCUCUCCUCCAAAAGGCCAGAUUGUUUUCUUUCUCUGCCGCCGCCACCACCACCACCAAGUCCUCCUUCUCCAUUUCCUCACUUUUAUGAUGCUUUUAAGUCUAGGUACAACUUGAGCCAUCAAAAAACAGGAAACAACAAAAACAAAGAUAGGUGGUACAUUGAAUGGGGGAACCGAACAGCUUCCUUGUUUUGAGAGAUCCUUGUUGUGGUUAUUUGGGUUUAGUUUUAGAAAGACUAUCUUAAAAAAAAAAAAAAAAAAAAAAGGAAAAAAAAACAUAUUAAUGCGCUUUAGAAUUUAAUAACAAAUAUGCUUCUGUGCACAAAGUAUAAACCGAUUGAUGAUUCCAGUAUGACAGGAAAAUGCAUAUUUUACAAAUAUUUAGAUUAAAAUGUAAAAAAAAUAAAAUAAAAGAAUAAAAAAAAAUAUCAGAGAUCUAGCUGACUGAAAACUUGUUUGGGUCCUGAAGGACUGUGCCAGUUUUUAGACUCAGUUCUUGCACUGGAUAAAUGGCAACCAAUCAAUUCCACUGCAACAACCUGCCCUUGUUUACUUUGUACAUUUCCUCCUUCUCUAUCCAUUCUUUUUUUUUUUUUUUUCGUCUUUUCUCGUCUGAAGGUUCCACCUGUGUAUCGGUGGCUUAUCAGUGUAGUUUUUUUUUGAGCCACGCCCACCCCUCUUACCUCCCCCCCGACUCAGCAGAAAGAGGGGGCUGCCUUAGGUUCAACGUGUGACGUUUCUCCGCUCAGCGUACGAGUCCGACCCCGAUCAGGCGGCGGCGGCGGCGACGACCGCGAGUCUGUGACGAGUUAAGGGAAUGUACCUGACCACCUCUGUGUUUAGCUCUUUUGUGGCUCGGCGUUUCCUCCCAGCCGAUGGGGGGAAGCGAGCAUGGAGGGGGAAGUGGGACUACAUCUGUGCUAAGCUCUGCAUCAAGACCCCCCAGACAUGCGCACAAAAGGAGGUAGUGUUUGCUUUUGUUGAAGACUUUUUUUUUUUUUUUUUGUUGGAUCAUUCAUUGAUUGUGAUGAUUUAUUUUUGUUUGUUUGAGUUACUAAAAGAUGUUAGUUGUUGUUUAUUUUCUUUUUUUUGUCAUCGAUCAUUUACUGGAUGUCAUGAUGCUCUCGCUCCCUUCAGCAACAAUCUGCUUGCAUUUGAAUUGGUGUUUGAAAAGAAAUUACACAGGCUAAAGCACAACGACGAAUAAAAUUGAACUAGUUCUUUGCUUGAUAUUUAUUUCCAUUUUGUCAUUUUUGUUUUCUUUUGAUGUGUUUUUUUUUCUCCCCCGUCCCUCAAGACCCAUUUCAUUCCAACCACCGAUGUCUGAAUCUCAGUAUUAAUACUUCAGAUCAAGUAUUUCCUUCACACCUUCAUACCUGUCUGUUAAUUAAAACAAGGUUCACAGGUGAGACAGUGGUUGUCCCACGUUUUCCCGCCUCAGAUCUCAGCGGCGUGACGUCGUUCUCCUGCAGAGCGGCGCGUGGGUUUACGUUGAUUUAACGUUGAUUGUAAAGUUCACAAAGCCUAAUUAGGUUCCAGCUGGAAAUCAGUUUAACAUUUUCCAAAAUUAGAUCUAAAUAAUUGCUUGCGUUGCUUUUAAGCAUCAUUUAGCGGUGCAUAGCGUCGAUUGACUUUUCACGUCGGGCUUCGGUCAGAAGCCUCUCCCAGGUAAACCAAAGGACAACAUUAAAACAGGCCCGACUGCCUUUCAUUCAGUUUAUGUUCUAACUCUGUUCUGCCUUUUUUUUUUUUUUGUCCAUUUGAGGUCUUGUUGCCAUGUCUCUCAUCACAGUCCACGACUCAUAGCGCACAGGAAACGGCAUGCUGUUCAGACAGUUGGAACCUCUUCUAACUUUCACCGUAGUUCAGUUGUGCUGCUGGCUUCGUAGUCAUUUCUGCACACAAAAAAAACAAAUUUGUGAACACUGUUGAUUUGCUUUUUUUUUUCUUUUUUUCUUUUCCCCAUUUAAAGAAUGUUUGGAAGUUGGGACUUUGAAACAGACACCUUGAGCUUUCUGUUGUACAGUUUUAUCUCAGUCUCUGAUGGCUGGUCAGGAAAUGUGCUGGUGAAAUGCUUCAAUAAUGUCUUUCUUUUCAGUAUGUGCUCCUAACACUAUUGUCUGCUGGGAACUGUUGGGGAUAUUGACCUAAAAACAAACAAACAAACAAAAAAAAAUCUAUACUGUCUUUUAAUUUUAAGCCUCCAGCAUUCUAUUUUGUUUAUUGUUCAAAUAAAGGAUUGUGCAAAAAGCAGUUUGCUAAUCGACUGUA